AUCAAGACCAACGUCCGAGCUCUGCUCACCCCGGAGAAACUCAAGGAGCUGCGUCUCAAGUCACAAUACGUGCACAACAAGGAGGUCAAAGCUGCCCUUGGUGUCAAGAUUGUUGCUCCAGGUCUGGAGAAGGCCAUCGCCGGUUCUCGUCUCCUCGUCGCAGGUCCUGAUGAUGAUGAGGACGACAUUGAGGAUGAGCUCGAGAGCGAUCUCGAGUCGCUCUUCAGCAGGGUCGAGAGGACCGGUCGCGGUGUCUCCGUCCAGGCGUCGACCCUUGGUUCGCUCGAGGCCCUGCUGGACUUCUUGAAGGACUGCAAGAUCCCCGUCGCCAACGUGGGCAUUGGUCCUGUCUCCAAGCGCGAUGUCAUGCAGUGUGGUGUCAUGCUGGAGAAGGCGCCCGACUACGCCGUCAUGCUCUGCUUCGAUGUCAAGGUCGAAAAGGAAGCACAGGCGUAUGCUGAAGACAACGGCAUCAAGAUCUUCACAGCAGACAUUAUCUACCAUCUGUUCGACUCCUUCACGAAGCACAUGGACGAACUCCUAGAGAAGAAGAAGGAGGACUCCAAGAUGUUGGCCGUCUUCCCUUGCGUCCUGAAGCCCGUGGCUGUCUUCAUGAGGCACAAUCCCAUCGUCGUGGGUGUCGACGUGGUGGAGGGCCAACUCAAGGUCAACACACCUAUUGCCGCAGUCAAGCACAACUCUACGACGGGUCUCAAGGAAAUCGUGUCUAUGGGCAGAGUAACGUCAAUCGAGCGUGACCACAAGAAGAUGGAUGUCUGCAAGCAGGGCCAGCCCUCCGUGGCCGCAAGAAUCGAGAUGGGUGGCCACCAGCCAUCGUACGGUCGUCAGCUCGAGGAGGCCGAUACCCUGUACAGCAUGAUCUCGCGUGCCUCGAUCGACUGUCUGAAGGAGUUCUACCGCAAGGACGUCAGUAACGAAGAGUGGAAGCUCAUCGUGAAGCUCAAGCCCCUGUUCGACAUUCCUUGAAGAGGCCUACCGGGGAAAACGACGAAAGGAAGGCGUAGUUUGGUCCAAAAAGUGUAUUGUAUCUAUCCAGGUCAUCAGAACGUAGAAAAAUGGCUCCAGUUUGGUUAGUGACGAUCGCAAUGUUCACACGCAUGUUCAGUCUUUGUAUGGC